CCUCGCCCCGCCCCGCCCCGCGCAGCCUGCCCUUACCGUGCAGCCUGCUCUUACCGUGCAGCGCCGAGCUCUUCCCUGCCCGCUAACGCUACUUAUCCCGGGAAAGCUCGUGCGGGGCGGGGGAGCAGACCCAUAGACUAAAAGUGAAACUUAAGCAGCGCUGGCAAGGCUGCUGGCUGGUGCCUUUCCCCCUCCUGCCUCCCCGCCGUCGCCACGCCCUCCGCUGAGAGCUGGAGGCCGACGUCAGGGGCAGGAUUCCUGACUACGCUUGCAGGCAUCUGUCCAGGUAACUAAGGUGAGCAGUUUACUUUUGAAGAGGCUCUUCCAGUGGGUAUAAAGGCAUUUUCCCCUGAUGCAGCAGUGAUUUCUUCACAAAUAUCUUCUGAGAAAGAAAUCUAGAGAACGAGGUGAAAGAAGAAAUGGCCAGUCCUCAGGAACUGCUGACCUUCAAGGAUGUGGCCAUAGAAUUCUCUCAGGAAGAGUGGGGUUUCCUGAACCACAGUCAGCGGGAGCUCUAUAGAGAUGUGAUGUUAGAGAACUAUGGACACCUCCUCCUCUUGGGUCUUGUGUCAAAACCAGACCUGGUCAACUUCUUGGAGCAAAAGAAGGAGGCUUGGGAUGUGAAUGGAAAGGGGACAGUAGCCACACAUCCAGCUGUAUCUUCACAUGGCACCCUGAGCUUCCUGCCAAGGUCUUGCAUACAAGCUUCUUUUCAAAACAAGUCAAUGGGGAGAUACAAACACAGCACCCUUGAGAAUUUACACUUAAUGAUAGACUGGGACAAUGAUGGUGAAAGUGAAGGGCAUCAAGGAUAUCAUGAAGGACAUAUCCAAACUGAGACAAGUGCCCAUAAUAAGAAUCUCAGUGCCCAAAAUGGUGAAGAAUAUAAAGCAUUUUGGAAAAACCUUUUUAAGUCCAGCACUUCAGCAGCGCCAUGUGUUUCUAUAAGCAAAAGCUCAAAUCAAGUAUUGAAACAUACAUAUUUAUGGAAUGAAAAUUUGGAAGAUGUGGAAACUUACCUAGUGAAUGCUGAAAAUUAUUUGAACUAUUUUGAAAAUAGAAUUAUAUUGACCUUUCAGUCCAAUAUUUCUGAAAGUCAGAGAUUUCAAGAUGAAGAAAAAAGUGCUAAGUGGCAUAAAUUUGGGAGGUCCUUUACCGAGCAGUUGACCCCACAAACUUACCAGAGCACUUAUAAUGAAGACACAAUUGUUCAAUGCAGUCAAUAUGAGAAAAAAUUUAACCACACCUCAAAUGUUAACAAACAUCUGAGGAGUCAUUUUCCAGAGAAGCAUUUUGAAUAUAAUAAAUGUGGGGAAGAUUUUUAUCAAAGCUCAAAACUUAUUAUACAUAAUAAGAAUAAGUAUAUGAGAGAGAAUCCUCAUAAAUAUAAUGAAUAUGAGAAAGCUCUUAACCAGUUCUCCAAUGUUGGUGAUCAUCAGAGGACUCAUGUGGGGAAAAACACAUACAGAUGUCAUAAACCUGGGAACAGGUUUAGUCAGUCAUCAAGACUAACUAUACAUAAGACAAUUGAAACUGGAGAAAAUAGGUACAUUUGUAAGGAAUGUGGCAAAACCUUUGACUCACACUCAAAACCAACUCAACAUCAGCAAAUACUUACUGGGGAGAAACCUUACAAAUGUGAAGAAUGUGGUAAAGCCUUUAAGGACGGCUCAUCACUAAAUGGACAUAGGCGAAUCCAUACUGGAGAAAAACAUUACAAAUGUAAAGAAUGUGGCAAGGCCUUUACCCAUCGCUCAAGCCUUACUCAACAUCACAGAAUUCAUACUGGAGAGAAACCAUAUAGAUGUAAAGAAUGUGGUAAGGCCUUUAACCAGUACUCAAAAGUUAUUCAACAUCACAGAAUUCAUACUGGAGAAAAACCUUACAAAUGUAAAAAAUGUGGCAAGGCCUUUAACCUGCAUUCAAACCUUACUCAACAUCACAGAAUUCAUACUGGAGAAAAACCUUAUCAAUGUAAAGAAUGUGGCAAGGCCUUUAACCAGCACUCACACCUUACUCAACAUCACAGAAUUCAUACUGGAGAGAAACCUUACAAAUGUAUAGAAUGUGGCAAGGCUUUUAAGAGGCACUCAAAUCUUAUUCAACAUCACAGAAUCCAUACUGGAGAGAAACCUUACAAAUGUAAAGAAUGUGGCAAAGUCUUUAAUGGUUAUUCACAACUUACUAUACAUCACAGAAUCCAUACUGGAGAGAAACCUUAUGACUGUAAAAAAUGUGGCAAGGCCUUUAAACACCAAUCAAACCUUACUCAACAUCACAGAAUCCAUACUGGAGAGAAACCCUACGACUGUAAAGAAUGUGGCAAGGCUUUUAACCAGCACUCAAACCUUAUUCGACAUCAAAGAAUUCACAUUAUAUAGAGACCUUUAAAAUGAAAGAACCUGGCAAAGCCUUUACCCAGGACUCAAGCCUUACUCAACUAUCGCAGAAAUCAAAGUGGGGAAAAUCUUUACCAAUGUAAAAAAAUGUGGGAAGGCCUUUAAUCACUGUUCCACCUUUAGUCAUUAUCAGAAUUCAUACUGGAGCAAACCUUACAGAUUUUAAAACUGUGAGAAUUUGUAAGGAUGUUCAACACUUACUCCACAUCAGAGAAUUAAUAUUAGAGAUUAAUGAUACACAUGUAAAGACUGUUAUAAGAUGCUUAAGCUGUGUAAACCCUGAUUCCUGACCACAGAAUGUGUCCUAGAGAUGAUCUUACAAUAUAAAAUAUUUGGCACGCCCUUUAAUCCAUGUUUAAGUCUCAAUUGACACCAGAGAAUUCAUACUAGAGGGAAACUCUAUAAAUAGGAAAAAUGUGGUAACAUUUUUCGGACUGCUUCAGCCUUACUUAGCAUCACAGAGUUCAUUCCGAGGAGAAGCAUCACAAAAUGCAAAGAAUGUGGCAAACCUCUAGCUGAAACUCACAAUGUACUUAACAUCACAGUUAUGAUACAAGAAAAAAACUGUAAAAUGUAAAGACAGUAGCCUAGCCUUUAAUUGCCAUUCGAUCGUUAUUCAUGAGUACCCCAAAAUGAACGCUUGGUUCAAUCCCUACAAAUGUAGUGAAUUAGCAAAGACCUUCAUUUUAAAUAUAAACUUUAGAAAACAUCAAAAAAAAAAGUAACUUGGAAGAUAUAAAUAUUUAGAAAUGUAUGUAAUUGAAUAUCAAAUGUCACAAAUUCACAGAAAGCAGCACAUCAGUCACUCUAUUCAGACAUUACAUCAAAAGAUUUAUAAGGAAUAAUGCAAAGUUCAAUACUUAGAAAAUGUAUAUGCUAUUUUGUUUCAAAAGAUAGAAGAGAUAGAUUUUUGCAUAGGUAUAAUUUCAAUAUGUUUUUGUUUUACAUUGACCUUCUUUAAGAUUUGUGACUAGCAAAUAUUAGUGUAUUUCUAGUUUCAUAUCAUUCUAGAAAAUUCAUUUAUUCUUAGGGAGGUGUAAAAGUGUGUGGCUGAUUGUUGCUGCAUCAAAGAUAUGAGAUGCCCUUCCUUAGGUGGGACUCACGCAUAUCUAAUUUUCCAUGGAAGAUGAAAGACAAUAUGAUGUGCAAUAUGUGUAGAAAAUCUAAAUGGAGAUGCUAUUUGUGGGUUAUAAUAUUGAAGGAAUUUCGUGAAAGAGGUGUUCAAAGCAUCAUCCUUCUCCAUUUAUUAAAACUAACCACAGUUCUCAGUGUUAGAAAUAAAAUAUUUUACUAAUUGGUCUCUAAGGAAAAAGAGGUGGCAGUCUAGUAAAGUACUGAUGAAAUUUCAUAAUAACAAUAGAAAUAGAGAAUAUGAAUCAAUGUGGUUGGAAUGAAAUCUUCACAGAUAUCACAAAGAGGAUAGCUAACUCUUUCCUAAAGUGGCAUAGGAUUGUACAUUCACAUUUUUUAAGAAUAACUUUAGGUUUGGAAGAGGUUUAGUAUGCAAAAUUAAGCUGUUAACAACUGAAAGUAGACUAUUAUGUUUUCUUUAAGCCUCAUGGUAACCAUAAAAUAAAAACCUGUAGUAGAUACACAAAAGAUAAAAGGAUAGAAGUACACCUCGAUAGAAAUCAUCAAAUCACAAAUGUAAAGAGCAAAUGAAUAAGAAAGGGCAGAUAAUUCUAAAACAGCCAAAAAACAAUGAAAAUAAUGUUUCCAGAAUUCGAUGUGUGUGGGAAAAUACUGUUGAAUAAAAGUUGUAAUUUACUGUAACAAGUAGCCAAUAGUUUAUCAAAACCAACUUGUACAGGCUAAUAAAUCUUUUCUACAGUA